AUCCCUGGGUUGCAGAAACGUCAUCUAGGCUGUAUAUAAGCCGAACGCUUUUGUUUUAUUAAAAAAAUAAACAUGCUACCUGGUGGCAGUGAGAUGGAGUUAUCGGAAUGUCUCGUCAUUUAGUGCUCCAGUGAAACUUUGAAAAUGUUAUGAAGUGGUGUGCGUACAUUUCUUGUGACUUCAUAAUGUGAUAAGUAAUUAGUACAAUGUGGUCGGUAAAGUGGCGUCUAGUUGUGUUAUUGGCUGCUUGCUGGGCGCAAGAGGGCGAGUGGAGUGAGGAUGCCGAAGAUUUGGUAUCCACAGUGGACGUGGACGCUGUGUUGGGGCGCAUGGCGUCCCUGCCCUGUGACGUCACACCGGACACUAACGAGGACCGCGUCUACAUGGUUCUGUGGUUCCGCGCCGGGAAGGCCACCGGAGGGAAGCCUAUAUACAGCUUCGACGUCCGUGGGCGGUCGUUCAACAAGGCUCUGCAAUGGUCGGAUCCGAACGCGUUCGGACCUCGAGCUUACUUCGCGACGGUGGCAAGGCCAGCCGCCCUAACCCUCGACACGGUACAACUGGAUGACGAAGGAAUAUACCGUUGCCGAGUGGACUUCAAAAAUUCACCCACCAGGAACUUCCAAAUAAGGCUCGCUGUUAUUGUGCCUCCUCAUCAGUUGAUUCUCUACGAUAAGUCAGGACGGGAUGUGUCCGGCGUGGUAGGACCACUGGAAGAGGGCAAUGAACUCGUUCUGGUCUGCGAGGUCAGAGGAGGUCGACCAGCGCCCACAGUGGUAUGGCUGAUUGACGGCACGCCAGCCCCGCAAUACAUCGGAGAGAAGACUGACACACAUGUGGUGGUUAACAAGCUGGAGUUGCCACACAUCAGGAGGAGCCAUCUGAAUACUACAUUCAAGUGCAGAGCUUCGAACACCAACUUGGUGAGCCCGCAGGAGAAAACUGUGAGGCUAGAGAUGAAUCUGCGACCGAAUCUCGUGGAGAUUCUGAACAAACCCACAACGCUAUCCUCGGAGAGGUACGUCACUUUGACGUGCGUGUCCGAGGGCAGUAGACCGCCAGCUCAACUCACUUGGUACAAGGACAACAGGAAGUUUAAAAGAGGCGAGAUAACGGAGAGUAUGAAUGAGACGUGGGUGAGCAGCGUCCUGCAGUUCAUGCCACUUCCAGAAGACGACGGCGUGUUGAUGAAAUGCCAAUCGGACAACAGUGCGUUGCCGGGGCAAAGCAUCGACGACUCAUUUAAGUUGGACGUUGUCUAUCCACCGGUCGUGUCAUUGUCUUUGGGGAGUACUCUAAACCCCCACGAUAUAAAGGAGGGCGAUGACGUAUAUUUUGAGUGCUCUGUUCGUGCCAACCCUAGGGAACAUCGCAUCUCUUGGUACCACAACGAGAAACAAGUGCUACACAACGUGGUUUCGGGCGUGAUAGUAAGCACGAAAUCACUUGUGCUACAGAAGGUGACGCGAGAUCACGGCGGCGAAUAUUCGUGCAGAGCAACCAACGCUUUGGGGGAGACGGCAAGUGAAACUACGCAUCUUAGUAUACAAUAUGCACCAGUCUGCUCACAGUCGUCGACCCAAGUCCUCGGCGCGCAGAUAGAGGAGGUGCUGCGCGUGCGAUGCUCUGUGACCGCUAACCCGCCGGACGUUACGUUUUUCUGGCAGUUCAACAAUAGUGGAGAGAGCCUCGAUGUGUCCCCGGCCAAGUUUGGCACGGCCAACGGUAGCACGAGUGAAUUGAAUUACAAACCGCAGAGUGAGCGCGACUACGGCACGCUGAGCUGCCGCGGCACAAACUCUGUGGGUAGGCAACUCGAGCCGUGCGUGUUCCAAGUUGUCCCAGCUGCAAGGCCCACAGCACCUCGCAAUUGCUCCUUACACACUGGAAACAACAGUACGGAGAUCGCUAACUGGCUUCUGGUUCGCUGCGUGGCUGGCUACGACGGUGGAUUACCUCAAACGUUCGUGCUCGAAGCCCUAGACCCUACAACGGGGAAGACCAAGUUCACUGCCCACGCAAACGACACUGAUGGAGUAGUAACUUUCAAAUUGGACCUCGCCCAGAUGGCUUCAGUGAGCGACACCACCGUCAUAUUCAACUUGCUUAUCUACGCCAGAAACUUAAAAGGAGAAUCAGACAAAACUUUACUGGAAAACAUUGCCUUUAAUGAUGCAGCGAGAAGAACCGAUGGCAAAAGCGCGAUCGGGGGCGUGACUCUUGGCGUAGUGGUAGCAGCAGCACUGGGCGUCCUGCUGGCCGGGGGUGGAAUAACUUUCAUGGCAUUCUGUGCUCGUAAGCGUCGUGCACAACCCCCACACAAGCACCCUCCAGGAGACAUGUUGGAGCUCAGUGAUGGUGGGCGGCGGUAUGUCGUUGCGUACACUAUCAAACCUUCGCCGGAUCUGAAGACUCCAGACCCGCAGCCUGAUAUAUUAAAUGCUCCAGAUGGAGAAAACCAACUUACACAAGAUCCUCUUGAAGAAGCAGACGAAUGGCCUAGUAUAAAAGAAGUUAGAGGUGAUUGGAGCAAAACUGGAGCUGUGUUUUCAGCAGAGGACUUAGCUCUGUUGGAUACUACUGGGCGACCACAGCAGCUCACGCCAGGAAGUGAUAUGGCGCCUAGCAGUAGACAGGAGGAUGUAAUCAACCAAAAUCUACCCUUAGGAAAUAACUUUAGGCCUAACUUCGUAGUCACUAAUAGUCCAACAUUGGGGAGUCCAAACUUUGUAUGUCCGAAUGGGAAUGUCGGUUCCCCUUUUGGUAGUCAAACUUUAACUAUGAGCGGGCCUACUCUAAGUUCUGGUAGCAUCGCAACUUCUACAUUACAUAGGACCAAAGGUAAGGGAAACACUAGAAGAAGAGAACACGUUUUAGCGGAGAAUUUGCCAGGCCCUGAGAGCUGUGUUUGAAAAAAUAACUUGAGUCCUAUAUUUUUAGCUUCUGCAUUGAUACAUAACCAUGAUUAUCUUUAACCACCUACACUACUCCAGCUACGAUGUUAUUUGUGAAAUAUUUCAAAGACGAAAUUUUUGUAAUGAUAAGUCUGUCAGCUAUUGUCAAAGCUUUUAAACGCAUCGAAUUGAUAAUAUUCCAACAACUUCUGUAAAAUCGUGAAUAUAUGCGUUAGUGGUGUUUUUGCAUUGAAAGGUGGUAUUGCUUAUAAUUUAGAAUAAUGUCUAAGUUUUUUAUACUUUAUAUAACUUUUAGUAAGUAUCUCUAAUUUUUGCUCAAAAGACUGUUAAUAUUUACAUAUAAUUAAAAUGGCGUUCAUUAAUAUCUUGUAAUAUAUAAUUUCAAAGUUAAAAUUCACCCAUAAAGGCUCAUAUAAUGGCGCUCUAGUUUGUCGACAGUUAGGUUCAAUUUAGUUGAAAAAUAAUUUGGGCUAAUGAACGCGGUUGUGUGAAUGUAAAUAUAAAAUAGAUUUAAAGGAAACCAAAGAUGUAUAGUUACUGUUAAGUAAGGCUUUUGUUGUAAAUUUAUUUGUGUAAGUAUAUUAAGAUAUAGUAUGUAAAUAUUCUAUAGUAAACUGUAUAGAAAAUAAUUUUAGAAGCUGCAGAAAGAAGGAAUGAAACAAGUGUUUUACAAAAACCUUAUAAUUUGUCUAAUUAUAGUCAUGUUUAUACACGAGUACUUUGAUUUACACAUCAUUGUAUCAGUCAGUAUAUUGAAUAAGUAUUUUAGCUUAUAAAAAUAUAUGUUUUAAUAAAUAAAGAAAAGGUUAACACACACAAAUUAACACCUUGUUUUAAAAAUCACAUCAAAUGAACAUACAUCAAAACAAAACAGGACCAGGAUCACCUCAACUCGAGCCACACGGUAUUUGUAUUAUGAACUCCUCCGUGCCGAGUGGUUUUAUGGCGUCGCCUACUUCGAGGUCCCGGGUUCGAAUCCCGGUGGGGGAAAAUGUUAGUAUGAUGAUUACAAGCAUUUGUACCUUAGUUAGGCUGAGUGUGGGAAAUAUUUGUUAUUUAUUUAUAACUAUGUUGUUCUAUAAUGCAUUCUCAACAACAUCGUAACACGAUUACUGAUCUCAGUCUCAACGAUUUAGAACAUCUAUACAACGCACCGUGAGUGUUGGAAAUAUUUAUUUAUUUUAUUUAUUUAUUUAUUUAUUUAUUUACACCAGCCACCCCUUUCAUCUCUCCGUCCAGCUGCUUUUGUCUAUCCAUCCCUCAGCUAACGUCUCUCCUAUUAAUUAAUAAAAAGUCGGUAGAUGGGCGAUGCAUAGACGUAAUCUGAGCGUCGACUAGCCGUAAGCGUAGCGUUGCCUGGCCACAGAUGCAUUCAUUAGCCAAGCUGCUAACGCUUCGUUCGUAUCGAAUUCGUUAUGUAUUACGUUAAUGUCAUGUUGUACUAAAUAAAGAAAACAUACUUGACAGUUCGUUACACGUUCAUUUUGAUCACGUUAUAUGUCGUUCAAUAAUGACAAUCCUAUAGAUUUUAAUUCACGAUAAACGCUAAUAAAUGUAAGCCACUAAGCGGCUAGGCCCUAAAGUAUUUGGGGGGCGGGCGAACGACGAGCUAUUAGGCAAUACGUUUCCAAUUUGUUAUAAUACCUAUAUGCACCAACCUUAAAGCUCCCUAAAUCAUUCAAGCUCAAAAUUGUUUAUUCAGUUUAGUCUGUUACUAGAACUUGACAAUGUCUAAAAGCUACACCGUCUGUUGGUUAAAUCUACGGCGUAGAUAUGUAGGGGGACCUUCUACUUAGAAAUACCAGCAAGAAACUCGGCUAGUGCUGUUUUCUUCCUUUAUCAUAAUAUAUGUAUUAGAAAAUAACUUCUAUAUGAGAUGACUGAUUCAUGACAUUGUAAAAAAACUAUGAAACCAUGAACGAAGAUAUGUAUUAUGUGCAUGUUGUUGACUGAAAUCAAACAUUGUGCUUCUGAAAUUAUUGUUCUAUAGGUAGUGCCAUUUUGUAUUGAUAUAUUGAAAGAACUGUACAUGUUUCAAUUUGUGUUGAUUCUAUAUUAUAGAGUUUAAAAGAACCUAUGGUUUAUAGAUAAAUGAUUAUUAUCGAAGUCGACCGAACUGUUGUAGCUGUCAAUAACUCUCCGUGGUCCUAUAACGAUCUGAUAUCGUAUUAAUUUUAUAUAUAAAAUAAAUAAAAACAAUGAUUUAUAUUAAAAACAAAA